UAACUUCCCGUAAAUAGUUUCUGCUAUUUUGUCAGUUUUCUCUUCCUUGUUGAUAAUAAUAUAUAUCAUAAUUGCCGCCGCCGCCGCCGCCGCCGACAAUGUCAUUUUCGUAAUUCCAAUUCCGAAUAACAGUUUCCUUCAAAAUCACCCUUUUGUUUUCUCCUUUUUUCCCCCUUCUUUACAGUCACCGAUAUGGCGAGUGCAUGGAGGAAGUUGAAGAAAUCGUUGAUUCCGAAGAUCUCUACCCACCGUGACGACGACCGCCGCCGCUCCUCCUCGUCCUCCAGUUCCUCAGCCAACGGCAUUGUCUCUUCUCCUUCGCCGUCCUCCGUCUCUCGCUCUUCCUCUCGCCUCUCGUACAGUUUCAGCUUCCGGUCUUCUAAGAAGACUUGCGCAAUUUGCUUGGGAAGCUUGAAAAAGGGAGAAGGCCAGGCCAUCUUCACAGCUGAGUGCUCUCAUCAUUUCCACUUCAAUUGUAUUGCAACCAACGUGCAGCAUGGGAAUCGCAUUUGCCCCAUUUGCCGCUCUGAAUGGAAAGACAUCCCUUUCCAAGCACCUGGAAGUGCUAAUGAUUUCCGGCAUAAUAACAGCACCAUCCUUGGCUUCCGUCAUAAUUGGCAUCCACCAUCCUUGCCUGUAUUGGAGACUGAUCAAUUUUCUCUCGAAGAACCACUCUCAGCCACCCAUGUAGCCCCUGCACCAUCCACUCGCUCGCAACCCAUAACCAUUAAGGCAUUGCCAGAGUUUCCUGCUGUCUUAGCUUCAGAUGCCGUUUCGAAGUUUCCUGUUCUUGUUGGCGUCAGUGCUCCACCUUUUCAUGUUGAUGUUCGACAUUUUAAUCGUGCACCCAUUGACCUAGUUGCUGUACUCGAUGUAAGUGGCAGCAUGGCUGGCAAGCUUUCCCUUCUUAAGCGUGCUGUUUGCUUUAUCAUACAAAACUUGGGCCCUUUGGAUCGGGUGUCCAUAGUUACUUUCUCAUCAUCAGCUCGAAGAAUAUUUCCUUUGCGGAGGAUGCGUGGCAGUGGUCAAGACGAUGCUAUCUCUGCCGUCAAUGCUCUUUCCUCUGGAGGUGGGACAAACAUUGCGGAAGGUCUUAAGAAAGGGGUUAGGGUUCUUGAAGAGCGACGCGAGCAGAAUCCAAUUGCUAGCAUUAUGCUAUUAUCUGAUGGCCAUGAUACCUUAAAUGACGACACUCGCAGCUUAUACCGCAAUGUACAGAAUCUCACCUCAAAUCCCAAUUACAGUUUGCAGUAUCUUUACCUUUUGCCUGCUUCAAUUUGUUCCAGGAAUACUGCAUCUGGUAAUGAGGCCCGGCGGCUAAGUAUCCCAGUCCACACAUUUGGGUUUGGCUCAGAACAUGAUUCCAAUGCAAUGCACGCCAUAUCUGAUUUAUCAGGUGGGACAUAUUCCUUUAUUGAGACGGUUGACAACUUACAGGAUGCAUUUGCUAGAUGCAUUGGAGGUCUUCUCAGUGUUGUAGCUCAAGAUGUCCGACUGACAAUACAGUCACUUUCUCGUGGAGUGCAAAUUGGUUCAAUUCACUCUGGUAGAUAUAAGAAUGAAAUCUUUAAUCUAGGGCAGAAGGCUACCAUUGAUGUUGGAAGUUUAUAUGCAGAUGAAGAGAAGGAAUUCCUGGUAUACGUCUCAAUUCCAGCAUCAUCACGUGGUGAAGGUGAGGCAAAAUUGGACCACAUGUCAUUGUUGGAGGUAUUGUGCUCGAACAAGGAUUCAACAUCAUCAGAGAUUGUCGAGUCAAGACGCGAGAGAGUUGUGAUUCGCCGACCCAAGGUUUUGUCUCCUACAGACAAGAUGGUGUGCUUAGAGGUUGAUAGACAGAAGAACCGUCUUGCAGUGGCUGAUGCUAUUGCAACCGCUCAACGGAUGGCUGAAUUAGGAAUUCUAGACCAUGCGCAGGCCGUGCUGUCGGAACAAAAAACAACUUUGUUAUCUUCAGUAUCCGCCCAAGCUGGGGACGACCUUUGCAAGUGGCUUGAGAAGGAACUGACCGAAACCGCACAGAGAAUGGCAACUCUGCAGUUAUAUGAACAGAGUGGGCGGGCAUAUGUUCUCUCAGGGUUAAGUUCACACUCGUGGCAGAGGGCCACAACCAGGGGCCACUCUACAACAAUCUUACCUGGUGAAGGUGCUAGCGGGAUCAAUAGCUAUGAAACUCCUUCUAUGAUCAGUAUGGUGUCGAAAUCGCAGUGUCUUAAUGGUGGACCUUCUCAACAACCUCAAAUGGUUACCAAGUCAUGUAGCCUGACUCCUCGACAUAAAUGAGGUUGGCAUAGCAAUUUUUUCACCACCAUUAGGGCACUGAGGUUGAUAUACGGAACUUCAACACUGAUUUGGCGCAAUGGCUAGAUUUUUAUUCUGUUUACGCUGUUUUAAAAUUUAGACGGUCUUUAAUUUUUUUUCUUUUCAUUUUAGAGACUAGAUUACGUUAAGGUGGUUUUUAUAUUGCCCUAAUAGAUUUGAGUUUGAGCUUGAUUGUUUCGUUUA